AUGGUCUCCCUCAAGUCCCUCCUCCUCGGCGCUGCCGGUGCCCUCGCUAUGCCCUUCAACGCCACCGAGUUCUCCGAGCUCGCCGAGCGUGGCGGUACCCCCAGCAGCACCGGCUUUAACAACGGCUUCUACUACUCCUUCUGGACCGACAACGGCGGCAAUGUCAACUACGCCAACGGCGCCAGCGGCUCUUACUCUGUGAACUGGCAGAACGCCGGCAACUUUGUCGCCGGCAAGGGCUGGAACCCCGGUUCGGCUCGCACCAUCACCUACUCGGGUAACUUCAGACCCUCCGGCAACGGCUACCUGUCCGUCUACGGCUGGACUCGCAACCCGCUUGUCGAGUACUACGUCGUCGAGAACUUUGGCACCUACAACCCUUCGUCGGGCUCCCAGCGUCUCGGAUCCGUCUACACCGACGGCUCCACCUACGACAUCUACAAGACUACCCGCUACAACCAGCCGUCCAUUGACGGCACCCGCACCUUCAACCAGUACUGGUCGGUCCGCCAGCAGAAACGCACCGGUGGUACCGUCACCAUGGCCAACCACUUCAACGCGUGGGCCAAGGCUGGCCUGCACCUGGGCACCCACAACUACCAGAUCGUGGCCACUGAGGGAUACCAGAGCAGUGGAUCUGCUCAGAUCACCGUUCACGGUUAA